CGCCAAACAUUCAAUUGCUAUGGACAGCAAACUGUUGUAAAUCGGAGUUGAGUGGAGUUUCGAUAUAUUGAAAGCAGUUCAAGUUCUAGUCAAGUUGGGAAACUCUGUCAACUGUUGGAGUAAGCCACAGUUGGAGCCAUGAUCAGUCUAAAUCAUCCAACAUACGCCUUUCUGCGGGAUGGGCGCAAUCUCAGCCUGGCGGAGAGCGUUCCCCAGGAGAUCAUGCACAUGGUGGAUCCCUACUGGUAUCAAUGGCCACCAUUGGAGCCCAUGUGGUUUGGCAUUAUCGGAUUCGUCAUCGCCGUUUUGGGAAUGAUGUCGCUGUCGGGUAACUUCAUUGUGAUGUAUGUGUUUACUUCAUCAAAGGGAUUGCGUACACCGUCCAACAUGUUUGUGGUUAACUUGGCCUUCUCCGACUUCAUGAUGAUGUUCACCAUGUUUCCUCCCGUUGUCCUAAACGGAUUCUACGGCACCUGGAUCAUGGGUCCUUUCCUGUGCGAGCUUUAUGGCCUGUUUGGUUCGCUGUUUGGCUGUGUGUCCAUCUGGUCCAUGACACUGAUUGCCUAUGAUCGCUAUUGUGUUAUUGUCAAGGGCAUGGCUCGUAAGCCUCUAACGGCCACGUCAGCUGCAGUUCGUCUGCUCAUUGUCUGGCUCAUCUGUGGCACUUGGGCUUUGUUGCCCAUGUUUGGCUGGAAUCGAUAUGUGCCCGAGGGCAACAUGACGGCUUGUGGCACGGAUUACUUUGCCAAGGAUUGGUGGAAUCGCUCCUACAUCAUUGUCUACUCACUCUGGGUCUAUCUCACUCCCUUGCUGACCAUCAUCUUCUCCUAUUAUCAUAUUCUCAAGGCUGUAACCGCCCACGAGAAGGCCAUGCGAGAGCAGGCCAAGAAGAUGAAUGUCACCUCUCUGCGCAACACGGAGGCAGAGAAGAGCAAGGCCAUUGAAAUCAAGCUGGCCAAGGUUGCAUUGACCACAAUCUCAUUGUGGUUCUUCGCCUGGACUCCCUAUACAAUCAUCAACUAUGCGGGCGUCUUUGAGUCAAUGCAUCUAUCGCCUCUUUCCACAAUUUGUGGUUCGGUUUUCGCCAAAGCAAACGCUGUUUGCAACCCAAUUGUUUAUGGUCUAAGCCAUCCCAAGUACAAACAGGUGCUGAGAGAGAAAAUGCCCUGCCUGGCCUGUGGCAAGGAUGAGCUUGCCUCAGAUUCCAGGACUCAAGCCACCGCUGAGAUUAGCGAAUCUCAGGCCUAGAAAAAUAAAAAAUGUAUAAAUAAAUAUUAAAACGACGACUGCAGCAGACGAUGACGUGGAUAAUGAACCCGAUGACUUGUGAUUUUUGGGCACGGGAACUGAAAGCUUUACAGGAUUCUAAACUAUACUACGAGUAAUUAAAUUUAUUUUGCAUACAAACAAUAAAACUU